CAGCGAUUGGAAAAAAAACUUUUUUCAUUUUUUUCCCGCUCUUUCUUCUUUGUUUUCUUUCUUUCUCCAUCAAUACUUUAUCAUGUUCUUGUCUCGUACCGCCGCUACCGCUCUUAAGGUCAACGCUUUGUCUGCUGCAAAGUUCAACGGUAUUCGUGCCAUUACCACUGCCACUCCUUCUCUUACUCAAGCUUUCAAUGCUCAAAAGAAUGCUAAUGGCAACUACUUGGUGACUUUGAUCCCUGGUGAUGGCAUUGGUCCUGAAAUCUCUCGUUCUGUCAAGGACAUCUUCGCUGCUGCCAAGACACCUAUCGAAUGGGAAGAAGUGGAUGUUACUCCUGUUAUCAAAGAUGGUAAGACCGCUAUUCCUCCUGAAGCUAUUGCCAGUGUUCGUAAGAGUACUGUUGCUCUCAAGGGUCCUUUGGCCACUCCUAUUGGUAAAGGUCACGUCUCUCUCAAUUUGACUUUACGUCGUACCUUCAACCUUUACGCCAACGUUCGUCCUUGUCGUUCCAUUGCUGGUUACAAGACCCCUUAUGAUGAUGUCAAUACUGUCUUGAUCCGUGAAAACACUGAAGGUGAAUACUCUGGUAUUGAACAUGAAGUUGUCGAUGGUGUUGUCCAAUCUAUCAAGUUGAUUACCAAGGAAGCUUCCGAACGUGUUGCUCGUUACGCUUUCACCUAUGCUCAAUCCGUUGGUCGUGAUCGUGUCACUGCUGUUCACAAGGCUAACAUCAUGAAGUUGGCUGAUGGUCUCUUUUUGGAUGUUUGUCGUCAAGUUUCAAAGGAAUUCCCUAGCAUCAAGUUUGAUGAAGUGCUUUUGGAUCGUGCCUGUCUUCACAUUACCUCUGAUCCCUCUCUCUAUGCUGACACUGUCAUGGUCAUGCCCAACUUGUAUGGUGAUAUCUUGUCUGAUAUGUGUGCUGGUUUGAUUGGUGGUCUUGGUUUGACUCCUUCCGGUAACAUUGGUCGUGAUGCUUCCAUCUUUGAAGCUGUCCAUGGUACUGCUCCUGAUAUUGCUGGUCAAGAUAAGGCUAACCCUACCGCCUUACUUUUGUCUGGUAUCAUGAUGUUGAAGCACAUGCGUUUGAACGAACAAGCUGCCAACAUUGAACAAGCUGUCUUCAAGACCAUUGCUGAAGGAAAGGCUUUGACUGCUGAUUUAGGUGGUAAGGCUACUAACAGCCAAUACACUAAGGCCGUUAUUGAUAACUUGAAAUUCUAAGCAAGUUAUUUCUAUUACCUAUAUCGAUCACAAUCUUCUUCCUCGUUUUUGAUGAUUUUCCCUCCAACUUUCAUUUGAUGUAUUCAUUAGUUUAUCUCCCUCCUCUUUUUCCUUUAUAUUGAAAAUCACACUUCAUUACCCUUCAUUCUUUUUUUUUGGACGUUUUAUCUUUUUUUUAUUUAUUUAUUCAAACAUCUUUUGUUUGUUUUUAUAUACAAGAUCAAAUAAAUCGUUUACUUUAUACAUAGAGAUUACAACA